UUGGAUCUUAGGAAAGCUAAAUGGAGAAGAAAACCACGCUUGCCAAACAGGCAUGGAAAUCAUUUCUUUUUCGAACAGUUUGCUGGCGGGCAAGGAAGGGCUUAGGAGAUAAAAUUUCAGAUGAGCCGUCCAUGAGUCAAGUAGUGAUCAACUCAUCUGAAGUACCACCAGAAGUGUUGAUUAUCAGGAUACUGAUACAUGAUCAGGAAACAUUGGAAUCUUUCUUGGUAGUAGAUUAUUGGAGGCUUACGUCCCGCUUCAAGAUUAUCACUUUCGUUAGGAUUUGUGCACUAGAUAUAUAUCAUCUUGUCAGCCGAAAUCUACAAACAUCUUGUUAAGGUAGGUGAAAC